CGUUUCUUUAAUUUUUAUUUUUACUUUCUUUAUUUUUUCCCUGUAAAACAAUCUUGGCCAUCAAGCAAAACAAAACAAAACCAUCUUCUGAAACCCUCUAAUCCCAUUCCAUUCGGUUCCUUCCACCAAUGUCCACCAACGAUUCCCUCUCAGACCACAAGCUCUGCGGUUUCCUCUAUGCGGUUCUCAUACUCAAACCUUCGCAUCCUCGCGAAAACGACACUCGUUUCAACGACCGCUGUGAGAUCUUCAACGACGGCAAGACUUUCGGUUUUCGGACUCAAAACGGCGUCGUUUUAAGCCCUAUCGUUGAUUCGGCAGAAUGCGAUAAUUCGAAGGGGAAAAAGGUGAAGAAGGUUGGUAUGGUGAACGGGAGCUUCAGCGUUGUUCAUCAGCUUCACGCUUUGGUUGUUCGUAAAUGCUUGAAUAUCGAUGCUCGUGUUGUUUGUGUUGUGGAAGAAACAUCUAGGGUUAGGGUUGUGGUUCUCGUUGAUGUUUAUCUUCCGAUUCAGGUUUGGACUGGAUGGCAGUUCCCAAAAUCUGGUUCCGUUGCUGGCGCUGUUUUUCGCCAUUUGAGCUGUGAUUGGGAUGAGAGAAGUUCAAUGCUUUCUGAUCCAGACUACUGUAGGAAGAUUCAUGGAGAAAAUAAGAGCAUUUGGAACCUUUCUGGUUGUCAUGUACUUGGUUGCAAGCUCCAUUCGCCUGUGAGCGGUUCUUCAAAGGAAAGGCUAUUUGAACUUCAUGAAAUUUUUAAGACCGUACCUUGUGUAGGAAAAAAGCAGAAGUUUAUUAUUUCCAAGAUAAUACCUAUGGACAACACUUGCAGAUCUGGGAUUUGGGAGAUCUCUGAUGAUAUUUUAACUAAAAUUCUAGCUUCCCUUGGCCCAGUGGACCUCACUAGUGUUUCUGCAACUUGUCGUCAUCUAAGAUCCUUGGCUGCUUCAGUAAUGCCUUGUACAAAGUUAAAUCUGUUUCCUCAUCAGCAGACGCAAGGUACAUUGGCGGACCCACCAGAGGGGUCACAAGUAGUUUGGUGUCAACAUAAUGGUACCCAAAAAUGUGGCUAUUAUGAGAUUAGUGGUAAUUGUACUGUCACGGGUAAGAGGGAUGUUUGCCAAGAUACAGGUAGAGAUAAUGAGAACCACGGCUACUCCUCUAAAAGAGCCAAAUUGUCAAAUCCUGGUCAUAACAUUUCUAAACCCCAUGAUUCAUGUUCUGUUGGAGAAAAAAAAUCACCUUCAGAUGCUUGCUUUGAGGAAUAUACGCCUGCUAGUCGGUGCACUAGAAGCUUGAACCGCAUAAAGAAAAAUCUAUAUUUCACUCAUGACGAUGAAGCUAUGAUUUCCAAAGAAAGAAGAUUUGGUAAAAGACCAAUUAAAACAAAACAUGCAUCAGAUGCUGCAUCCCUUGUGUCUCAAAACGAGCUAGUUGAUACUUCAUACGGAUGUGGACAGAGUUACAAGGGGCAUGGGAAGCGUAAAGUUGAUAGUUUGGAAUACAGUGAUACGUGGAUCCAGUGUGAUGCUUGUCACAAAUGGCGAAAGCUGGCAGACAAUAGUAUGGCUAAUUCCAGUGCAGCAUGGUUUUGUAGUAUGAACACUGACCCUUUAUAUCAGAGUUGUAGUGUCGUGGAACAGUAUAUUCAGAAUAGCUGUAAGAUAACUCACUUACCAGGAUUUCACUUGAAAGGAACUCCUGGAGGUGAGAAACAAAACGUUUCAUUUUUCACUAGUGUGCUUAAGGAGCACUACUCGUUGAUAAAUUCUCAGACAAGGAAGGCCCUGACUUGGUUGGCCAAGAUUUCAACGGACAAGCUUGAGGUAAUGGAAACGUAUGGCAUACGCGGUCCUAUUUUAAACAAUUGCACUUUGUCUAAUGGGACAUCGAAUCCAUACCACAAAAUAUUUCAAGCAUUUGGCCUCAUAAAGAGUGUAGAGAAAGGUGUAUGCAGGUGGUUCUACCCACAAAGUCUUAACAAUUUGACUUUUGAUGUUGCUGCCCUUGGCUUGGCUCUCUGUGAGCCAUUAGAUUUUGUUAGGUUAUACUUGUCAAGAGCAACCCUGGUAGUUGUUCCAGCAAACUUGGUCGAUCAUUGGAAAACACAAAUAGAAAAGCAUGUUAGGCCUGGUCAAUUGCGGGUUUAUGUAUGGAACAAUCAUCGGAAACCAUCUGCACACUCUCUUGCUUGGGAUUAUGAUGUUGUCAUCACUACAUUUAGCCGUUUGAGUGCAGAGUGGGGCCCACGUAAGAGGAGUGCUCUAACGCAAGUGCAUUGGUUUAGGAUCAUUUUAGAUGAAGGGCAUACUCUUGGCUCAAGCCUGAGCUUAACAAACAAGUUGCAAAUGGCUAUUUCAUUGGUUGCUUCAAAUCGAUGGAUACUAACUGGAACUCCGACACCUAAUACUCCUAACAGCCAACUUUCGCAUUUACAACCGUUGUUGAAGUUCCUUCAUGAAGAAACUUAUGGACUGAAUCACAAAUCAUGGGAGGCUGGUGUGCUUAGGCCAUUUGAGGCUGAGAUGGACGAAGGUCGGUCUCGUCUGUUGCAUUUACUUCAGAAAUGCAUGAUUAGUGCAAGAAAGGUGGAUUUGCAAAGUAUUCCACCAUGCAUCAAGAAAGUUGUUUUAAUUGAUUUUAAUGAGGAGCAUGCUAGAAGUUACAAUGAAUUGGUACUCACUGUUAGGCGUAAUAUAUUGAUGGCUGAUUGGAAUGACCCUUCACAUGUGGAGAGUCUACUGAACCCGAAACAGUGGAAAUUUCGUAGUGAAACUAUAAAAAAUGUCAGGCUUUCAUGCUGUGUUGCUGGACAUAUUAAAGUUACACAUGCUGGAGAAGAUAUUCAGGAAACAAUGGAUAUGUUAGUACAAAAUGGUCUAGAUUUUACUUCAGGGGAGUAUUCCUCCAUAAGAUAUAGUCUCCUGUAUGGUGGUCACUGUGUCAGGUGCAAGGAGUGGUGCCGCCUUCCUCUCAUUGCACCAUGUCGACAUAUGUUGUGCCUUGGUUGUGUUUCCAUAGAUAAGACAAAGUGUACAUAUCCUGGCUGUGAUAACUUAUAUGAGAUGCAGAGUCCUGAUACAAUGGCACGGCCAGAAAAUCCUAACCCAAAGUGGUCUGUACCCAAAGAUCUUAUUGAGCUACAGCCUUCAUAUAAGCAGGAUAAUUGGGAUCCUGAUUGGCAAUCAACAUCAAGUAGUAAAGUUGCUUACCUUGUCCAGAGGUUGAAAUCUUUGCAAGGAACCAAUGGGGAGAUGAGUUCAUAUACAGAAAAUAGCAAUAGUGAGAUGCAUAUUGAGAAUAGUUUUCCUUUGCAUACAAGACACGCAGAAUCAUCAUUCCAGGAAUGUUCUGUGAGUAGCAAUAGCACCAAUGCGGUCCCCGAAAAAGUUUUGAUAUUUUCUCAGUUUCUUCAGCAUAUUCAUGUCAUUGAACAGCAGUUGGCUGUUAAUGGUAUCAAAUAUACUGGAAUGUAUAACCCAAUGCAUUCUAGCAACAAGAAGAAGUCAUUAGCCAUGUUCCAGCAUGAUUCUAGUUGUAUGGCACUUCUGAUGGAUGGGAGUGCUGCAUUGGGUCUUGACUUGAGUUUUGUUACACAUGUGUUUUUAAUGGAGCCAAUUUGGGACAAAAGUAUGGAGGAGCAAGUAAUUAGUCGGGCCCAUCGCAUGGGUGCUUCUCGUCCUAUUCACGUGGAAACAUUAGCAAUGCGUGGUACAAUUGAAGAGCAAAUGAUAGAAUUUUUACAGGAUGCUGAUAAAUGUAGAAGAUUUCAUAAUAAAGAUGUUGCUAAAUCUGAAGAUGGUGGAGGACGAGCAUAUCGAUCAUUGCAUGAUUUUGCCGAAAGCAACUAUCUAUUGGAACUUAAAUUCGUAUAAACUGAUUCAGAAACUCUAGAAGGUGUUUUAUUUAUCAACUUACAGACUAAAUGCUUUAGGCAAGUCCAGUGGAUGUCCUGCAAGAAGAUUGCAUACUCAUAUGAUUUUGCAUUUUGGAUAUACAAUCUUACUGGUGCUCUUUUAGUGUUAUGAUAUGCAUUGGAGGGUGAAGUAUCUUUUUGGUAUAGCAUUAUAUAUGUAUUUGCAGCAUCAGAUCUGUCUUCCAAUGCUUAAUUUAAUAGUACAAGGCCCUCUGCAUAUUCUUUUUAGGAAGGAUUAAUGUAUUUGAAUUGAAACAGGUUGUUUAUGGAAAUAGAGAAAAAAAUGCAUACAAUAUGAAUUUUUCUAUGCU